AGCGAUGCGCACUGCUGGGAGUUUGGGAGAGCCAGCAGACGCUGUAGGAGUGGAGGCCAGCUCUGGCUGCCCGGCAUGGACAACUACACAGUCCUGAGAGUGAUUGGCCAGGGCUCCUUCGGCAGGGCUCUUUUGGUUCUGCAGGAAAGCAGCAAUCAGACAUUCGCCAUGAAGGAAAUAAGACUGCCCAAGUCUUUCUCUGAUACACAGAAUUCUAGGAAAGAGGCUGUUCUGCUCGCCAAAAUGAAGCACCCCAAUAUUGUUGCCUUUAAGGAGUCAUUUGAAGCCGAAGGGUGUCUGUAUAUUGUCAUGGAGUAUUGUGACGGAGGAGAUCUAAUGCAGAGGAUUAAACAGCAAAAAGGAAAGUUAUUCCCUGAAGAUACGAUACUUAAUUGGUUUAUACAAAUCUGUCUUGGAGUAAAUCACAUUCACAAGAAACGUGUUUUACACAGAGAUAUCAAGUCCAAAAAUGUCUUCCUCACCCACAAUGGAAAAGUGAAAUUGGGAGAUUUUGGCUCUGCCCGUCUUCUCUCCAGUCCCAUGGCCUUUGCGUGCACGUACGUGGGAACACCUUAUUAUGUGCCUCCAGAAAUCUGGGAGAACCUGCCUUAUAACAAUAAAAGCGACAUCUGGUCCUUGGGAUGCAUCCUGUAUGAACUCUGCGCUCUGAAGCAUCCAUUCCAGGCAAACAGUUGGAAAAAUCUUAUCCUGAAAAUAUGUCAGGGGCCCAUCCACCCGCUGCCCGCUCUGUAUUCCUGCAAGCUUCAGUGUCUUGUCAAGCAGAUGUUGAAAAGGAACCCUUCACACCGUCCCUCCGCCACCACCCUGCUCUGCAGAGGGAGCUUAGCUCCUCUGGUGCUCAAGUGCUUGCCCCCUCAGGUCAUCAGAGAAUAUGGAGAACAGAUAUUAGAUGAAAUCAAAAUAUCCGAGCCUAAGAACAUGAAAAAACAGGACCCCAGCAGAGUGAGGAAAGCUCUGGGAGAUGAAGCAAAUGCCGUGCAAGAGGAAGAACAUGGUAGAACGUGCAGCCAUACUGAAUUGGAAAGCACUCAUACAAACCCAGUUGGAAGUGCAUUGGGAAGAGUAGCCAGGGGAAAUCCAGGUAACCCCCCAGAGCACCACAGGAAUAUCAGUCCAGCAAGUCCUCGCAGGCAGCGGUGGGAGAGACACGGUCCCAGUUCUGCUGUAGCGGCUUUGGAAAAAGCAUCCAUCCUAAGCUCCAGUUUCACGGCAGAGGAUGACAGAGGUGGCUCUGUAAUAAAGUACAGUGAAGAAAAUGCCCGUAAGCAGUGGGUCAGAGAGCCCCCUGAGGCCUUGUUGUCAAUGCUGAAGGAUGCUGAUCUCAGCCAGGCGUUUCAAACAUACACAAUAUAUAGACCAGGUGCAGAAGGAUUCCUGAAAGGUCCCCUUUCUGAAGACACAGCAUCGGACAGCGUUGAUGGUGAUCUCGAUUCUGUCAAUUUAGACCCAGAGAGAUUUGAACCUCGGCUGGAUGAAGAAGACACGGACUUUGAGGAAGAUAACGAAAAUCCCGAUUGGGUGUCAGAACUGCAGAAUCGAGUAGGAUGGGGGAUGGACAACUCCUCGGAGAACAUGCCUGAGCCAUGUCGGGAGACUCUGACGAGAAACUGAUGACUGGCAACAAAAAUGCGGACGGAGAAAAUGUGUCACAAAGCUUACAGAGCAAUCCAGAACCCUUGUGAGAUUUUAACACAAGGCAGGCCUAGCAGAUGCUGCGUGCCUUUCGUUCUGACAGAACUCAGUGCAAUGCUCACCUGCUGGCCACUACGUGUGUCAAUAGGAAGUGAAUUAAGUCCUUUGAUCCUGAAUUUUCUCAACUAUCCAUGAGAGUACCGAUGCCUACCUCACAGGAACACUGACCAAGACAGUCAUAGCCAUCCAGUGGCUGUCAUCCCUUGUAACACUCUCACAUUUCCUAAAGGUUUAAGGAUCCAAAUACAUUAAGCUAUGGCAUAACA